GCUCACCGACGCGGCGACGAUGCAGCCGCUCAACCUCACGACGUUUGGGUUGGUUGACAGCACCCAAGUGUGCUUCACUGCGAGACAGAACGGCGUGUACUUUGCGGUGCGGCGCGCGGCGGCCGCGUACGCAAACCCGCGCUGUUCCCUGAGCUGCGGCGCCAACACCAGUCUCUGCGUCUUCAACGCGACGACAAGUGUCGCCGAGUGCGUGUGCCAGUGCGGCUACAGCGGCGCGUUGUGCACUAGCGGGUGUCCGAAUGGCUGUUCGGGCCAAGGCACGUGCUACCAGAACGCGUGCUAUUGCAACGCUGGGUUUACCGGCGUCGACUGCAGCAACUACUACUGUCCUGUCGACGCGUCCGGUCGGCCGUGCUCCAACAACGGUCUCUGCGUGCAGGGGGCGUGCGUGUGCAGCUCCAACUUUGAAGGGACGGUGUGCGACACGCCGCAGUUUGCGCUCUUGAACGGGUCGGCGCCACCGGACUAUGCGAGCAGCUACGUGGCGCCAGCAGCGACGAGCAACCCGUUGCCACCGAGUUUUUAUAACACACCGUCCCCGACACCGACAUCGAGCACAAGUGCGCCGCCGGGAUCAACGACGGCGACGCCGGGACCAACGACGACGACGCCGCGGCCAACUGCGACCAAGAACGCGGGUGCAUUCUGUACACCGUGGUUCAACCUGCUGCUUGUUUUGGCUCUUGGCUUGGCCUACGUCACCUAA